CAGAAGGAAAUAGGGCCGGAUAUUGAACAACCUAAUUCUCUAUUAUGUCCUUUUUGGAAUCCCUUUCAGGAGUUGUUUAUUUCUCAUAUAUCCCAGGCUGCCCUUGCUACGUUGUCGAAAAUUCCUGAUUUUCCCUUUUCCACUUUUCCAAGUGCUGGAGUGACCGCCACAGUGAGUGCAGUUCCCAAGUAGUCUUUUGACUUCUCGGGCCUCCGUCUUACCUGAGGAGCCCCGCCCAUCCACCGCGGAUGUCCGCUGCCAUGGCGACCCUGCUGCUUCGCUCCCAGCGCCUCCACCGCAGUCUCCGGCACCGUACGCGGCCAACUGUAGAUGUGCUCCUCAGGGCCGCGAGCCAUGGCGCCCGCCUGCUGUACCCAGACCACAUCCCUACUACGCCGCUGCAGAAGAUGCUGCUGGCCGCCGGCGCGGCGGGAAUGGCGCUCUACAAUCCCUAUCGCCACGACAUGGUUGCAGUUCUAGGGGAGACCACAGGAUGCCACACCCUGAAAUUCCUCAGGGACCAGAUGAAGAAGGAUCCAGAGGGUGCCCAGAUUCUGCAAGAGCGUCCCCGAAUCUCACUGUCUACCCUCGAUCUAAGUAAGCUCCAGAGCCUGCCUGAAGGCUCUCUGGGCCGUGAGUAUCUGCGCUUCCUGAAUGCGAAUAAAGUCUCUCCAGAUACACGAGCACCUACACGCUUUGUGGACGAUGAAGAACUAGCCUAUGUGAUCCAGAGAUACCGUGAGGUGCAUGAUAUGCUCCACACCCUGCUGGGGAUGCCCACCAACAUGCUCGGAGAAGUUGUGGUAAAGUGGUUUGAGGCUGUGCAGACUGGCCUUCCCAUGUGCAUCCUGGGAGCACUCUUCGGACCCGUCCGUCUCCGUGCUCAGAGCCUCCAGGUGCUUUUCUCAGAGCUGAUCCCUUGGGCGAUUCAGAACGGGCGCAGGGCCCCAUGUGUCCUCAACAUCUACUAUGAACAGCGUUGGGAGCAGCCCCUGACAGCCCUACGGGAGGAGCUGGGCAUCAGUCCUCCCCCAAAACACAUCCAGGGCCUGGCCUAGCCUUAGCUGCCUCCCAGGGAGGAUGGAGCCUUCCUUUCCACACACUGCCUUCCUGGAGACAAAAGAGCCCUUGGCUGCUUGUGUUUCUUCUCAUUGAACCUUGAACUCAGAGUGUCACUUAUCAUAAUUUUUAUAGUCACUGCUGCCAUGUGCCUUGAGGGCCUGCCCAGGAAAGAGAGGUAGGGCAGUGAGGCCCCAGGGUGCUGUAAGCUAUCUGGAGAGAGCAGUACGUGUGCCUGGAGCAGCCAUCUUGGAUCAGUCGGGAUUGCUCAGGUCUGAGGCCCCUCUUCUGGACGGUGAUUCAGGCUCUCUUUGAAAGCUUGACUACUUACUACAUCAUGUUGCAAAGCACUGAACCAAGUGGUGGGAAAGAGAAGGCAUCUCUGGUGUCUGAAUAAAGCUUCCAUCAGGCCUAGAGUCAGCUGGUCAUCCUUGGCCUAGCUCCCUUUACCUCAGGUACUGGUGAGGGGAAUUUCGUCUCAACUGGACUCCAGUUGGUUGUCACUGUCAUUGGGUCUGAAGGCAAGCAGUCUACGAAUCAAGUCCCCAGCCAACAAGAAAUAAGUCCCUUCUAUUUCUAGUUUUUUGUUUUUUUUUUUUUUUUUUUUGGGGGGAGCUGGGGACUGAACCCAGGGCCUUGUGCUUGCUAGGCAAGCGCUCUACCACUGAGCUAAAUCCCCAACCCGUCCCUUCUAUUUCUAAGCCAGACUUUUGAUAUCAGCUAAGGAAUAGUGACAGUGCCUUUGGGUCAGCAGUGAAGGUACUUCAUGCUGACAUGAUUCCAAUCCCCAGGAUCCACAUGGUAGAAAGAUAGUGGUCUCUCACAAGUUGUCUACCAACAUCUGCAUGCACUACACACAUGUCCGCACACAGAGAUACACAAAAUGAAACUUCAAAACCGGAACAAAACAAAGUAGGGCUUAUGAGAUGCCUUACAAAUGUAAAAGUCACCAAGCCGGAAGACCUGACUUCUGGCUCCAAGACACACAGAGUGGAAGGUGAGAAACAGUUUCCGCAAGUUGUCCUGAGCAGCACAAAUGUGCUGUGGUGUGCACGCACUCAUACGUGUGCAAAAUAAAAUAAAACUAUCCAAAAUGAUGGGCUAGGGAGAUGUCUCAGCAGCUAAGAACUCUUAAACAGGACCUGGUUUAAUUCCCGGCAGCCACAUGGUGAUUCAUAACUACUCUUAACUCCAGUGCUGGGAUCUAAUGCUGCUUCUGAGCUCUGGUCCCAGGCACACUGGUGGUGCUUAUAAAUACACGCCCACAAAUGUUCAUCCACAUAAAUAAAUCUUGUAAAAACUACAGUGAAGCAUUGGAGCUACAGCUCCUUGGUAGAGCACUUGUCUAUCCUGCAUGAGGUCCUGGGUUUGAGCUCCAGCACCACAGGUACAUGCAUGACACGCCUGUCUGUGCUUGGGCACCCAGGCUCCUGGGCCAGCCUUGCCCAUCACUGAUCUGCUCUGCUCCCUUGAAGCAGUCUUACUUCCUGAACAUGUGUUUCCUGGCCUUGAAAUGAGUGUGGACUGCCUACUGCCCAUAAGAGGGACAUGGCACGGUAAGAUGGCACUUGGUGAUACCUGUUGGUACAUCAUGACACUUAGGAAAUAGAAGUUAUCAUUGCCCAGGAAGGGCUAUGGAGAGCUCACCACCAGCAAAGUCAGGCCAAAGUAGUAAGACCGUCACAGCUCACAGCUGCUCUGGCCAACAGGACAAUGCGUAUGAGGUAAGCAUUUGGAUGUGGUUGAGGGACACUCAGCCUGCCAGAUCUAAAGACUUAGCAAAGCAACAUCUUUUAUCUCAGCACUCAGGAGGCAAGGGCAGGCAGUUCUCUGAGUUCGAGAUCUCUGAGAUCAGGCUAGCCUGAUCUACAGUCUGAGUUUCAGGACAGCCAGAGCUACACAGAGAAACCUUAUCUCAAAAGGAGGCCGGCGGGGAAGGGGAGGAUUGCUGAAGAGAUGGCUCAGAGGUUAAGAUUGCUGACUUCUCUUCCAGGGGUCCUGAGUUCAGCAACUACGGGGAGGCUCACAACCAUCUGUAAUGGGAUCUGAUACCUUCUGAUGUGUCUGAAGGCAGCUACGGUGUACUCACAAACAUAAAAUAAACAGUUUUAAAAAGUA